ACGUUGCACCCGACAUUGAGUCCAUACUCUCCCGCCGCCCCCCGCGCACCCAUUCUGCAGAAGAUAAAAGGGUCCAUUCUUCCCCAUUCUCAACAUGGGAUAGCCGAAGUGACGACCUCCUUUGUCACCCCACCCGGAACCUAAACCUUCACUCUCGAUACCUAUACUUGCAUUACGGCAUACUGUCUAUGGGUAUCUUUUAUUGUUGUAUGUGAAAAGAUUAAAGUUUUUUGGAUAUGGAAUCUUUAGUUGAGGCAACGUCAGGUGCAGUUGGAUCAUUGGUAAGCACCACAAUUUUGUAUCCUCUCGAUACUUGCAAGACAAAGUACCAAGCCGAAAAUCGCGCCCACAAUAACCAAAAAUACAGGAAAAUCUCAGAUGUCCUGUGGGAAGCAAUUUCCACAGGUCAAGUACUUUCACUGUACCAGGGACUAGGGACGAAGAAUUUGCAAUCUUUCAUUUCAUCAUUUAUCUACUUCUAUGAAUACAGCUUCUUCAAAAGACUCUACCUGAAGAAAAGUGGAUCUAAAUCUAUAGGAACAAAAGUUAACUUGAUUAUAGCAGCUGCUGCUGGUGCAUGCACGGUUGUAUUGACACAGCCUCUGGAUACAGCAUCUUCAAAAAUGCAGACAAGUACUUUUGGGAAAUCCAAAGGACUUUGGGAAACCCUCUCGGAAAACACUUUGAGCGAGGCAUUUGACGGUCUAGGCAUUUCUGUUCUUCUUACAAUAAAUCCUUCCAUUCAGUACACAGCUUUUGAUCAAUUAAAGCAGAGAUCAUUGAAGGAUAGCAUGAGCAAAAAUAGAGAUGGCGUAUCGUCUCGAGCAGCUCUUUCUGCGUUUUCUGCUUUUAUGUUAGGUGCAGUCUCAAAAUGCAUUGCUACCUUUGUAACUUAUCCAGCAAUAAGGUGUAAGGUGAUGAUUCAGUCAGCUGAGUCAGACGAAGACGAGGAGGAUAUAGCUCAACCAAACUCGCGAAAAACAAUUUUGGGGGCAGUCCGUGCCAUUUGGAAAAAAGAAGGCAUACUCGGCUUUUUCAAAGGGUUACAAGCCCAAAUACUGAAGACUGUCCUUAGCUCAGCAUUGCUUUUGAUGGUAAAGGAGAAGAUCACAAAGACUACAUGGGUCCUAAUGAUUGCACUGAAGAGGUUUAUGAUCAUACCUAGGACCAGGUUGAAGAACUCUUGAAAUUAGAUAAUGCGUGAACCUCAGUGUGAAUCCCAUAUUAGUGCAGAGAGAGGCUUUAAGUUUUGUUACAUUCAGUAACUUUUGAAAUAUGCAAUAAAGUUUAGGGAUUAGAACCCUUAAAAUGACCAUUAGAGGGUAAUUUAUUUAUAUCUUUUUUCUUGAAGAACAUAAUUUGUAAAAUUGCCUCCCAGGGGUGCUGUGGAUUUAGAAUUAAAAUUUUUUCUAAUAACACCCGUGAUAACGGUUGACCUCGUUAUUUGCU